AUGAGUCUUGUGACGAAUCCGAGGAACAUCAUUAUUGAGAAAAGCGAUCUCUUUGACGACUCUUCCGAUGCGGGCAGCAGGAGCGAGGAGGAACGCAUUCUUGAAGCCCUUCGUGAGAUUCGGGGAGCGGAACUCAAAUGUGAGAGGAACAACGUGGAUUUGAGGGCGCGAGAGGUGUCGCAACGAUUCAGUGAAUUCGCACAAGAGAAAGAACAAGAAAGAGGAGGGAAGGAUCAGUUGCGACGUAAUAAACCACCGCGCUGUACGCCCGAAGCGGUGGAGCGCAUAAAUCAUUCUACUGUGGCCUCCAGAGCGAGAUCGCAAAGGAAGUACGUGGAUCAGUUGAAAGAGAUCCAAAGGCAGAAGAGUUCACCGUCGCCGAGGGCGAUAUCUCCCACAGCGACGAAAGCGGGGUUGCGCCUUUACGCGGCGGCGGUGGGAUGUCAGAGGCGUCUUGAGAAAAUGCGGGAAGAGCGGGAGAAAUUGAAGAGAGAAAAUGAGGAAAAAAUAAAAUUUCAACCACGGAUAUCGACUCUUGCCAAACGGCUUUGGAGCUCGGGGUACGUUCCACCUCACGAGCGCUUUAAUCGCACGAAAGAAAAACUCGCCCAAAACAUUCUUCUUCGAGAGCGAGAAAGAAUGGAUCGCGUCAUGGCGGGGUGCACAUUUCAUCCUACGCUAGCAGAAAACUCGGCAAAAAUGGCAGUGUUGCAGCGAAAGAAUGAACCCUUUAGCGAUGUGGGGGAGCGUUUGUUUUUUGAAGGGGGGCGCCGCCUGAUAAGGCAGCAGCUUCGACAACGAAUUUUGGAGCAAAAGGCGGAGAAUGGUCUGAUUGGUGACUUUCAGAUUUCAAACGAGGCUGCAGAAGAGUUGGCCUUGCGGUUGUGGAAGUGGCAAGAGACCUCCAACCGUAACCGGGAGCAUAUGCAACGCGAGUAUGUUCAACGUGUAACGCAACCCUUUUCGCCAAGGUUGCGCUUCACGCAGCAGUCAAAGCAAGGCCGACGCAGCAGCGGCAGCAGCAGCCGCACUCAUCAGCCAUUAUUUGCAUCCUCUUUCCCGUCUGAGAACAACGUCGUGGGGCGAAUUCCAGGGGAUGAAAUUCGUAAAAUCCGUUGCCGUGCACUCUUCCGUAAAUACGCCUCCUCUGAGAAUUCCGCCUCCGUUCAGUUACAGGAAGUGAAGAGACAGGUACGCGAAUUAUUCCCAGAGGAUUCUGGUAUUGUUGCGGCAUUGGCUUCUAAUUUUAGCGGCACAGAGGAGAUCAGUAUGCCAGCUUUCGUGGAGAGUCUUAUGCGGUUCGAGCUUUUGCAUGGGCCACAGCGAUGGGGAAAUCCGAGGUGGGACUACGUCACUUCGGUCUCUGAUGAGCCGCCAGUUUUAUUUUCGCAGCCUCCUUCUUUAGCUCUGUGCCAGGAAGAGGCAACAGACAUGCCUUUUCGGAAAUUGAGACGAUCAAAAUCAAAUUGUGCACCCCCUUUGGAGAGGAAAAACGGGACAGUGAAAAGGGAUCUUAUCCCACGUUGCCAUUCAGCCUACCGGCGGUCAUCAUCUGCGAGUGCAUGCGGGCAUUCGUCAGGAGGAGUCCGCGACAGUUUUAGGGGAUACGAGCGGUGUCACCAGCGGGGCGAAAGAUCUGUGACACGAUCGACGACGGUACAGAAGGUUGGGGAACGAACGGCCGAAUUGGGUGCUGCUGAGAAGGGGAGCCGAUUGCUGGGGCGACGUGAAGCCGUACCACGCCAAAAGCCGGAAAAAUCUCCUGCAAGAGACCGGAUUGCCCCGCGCGAGGUGCCCAAAGCACGUCAUUCACAGGAACGAUCCUCGAGUCCGGAAAGUGUGGAGGUGUCGAGUAUCACCGAGGAAUCUGACAGCACACCGGAUAUGAAACAGCCGGGGGAGGUUGUGGCGGAGUUGGAAGCAUUGAUUGCCAAACCUUUUGAGAGUUCUCCUGCGGCUUCGCCGAUGGCAUCAGGGAUCCAACGUGCCUGUGCUCCCCGUGUGGGUGUUGUUUCUUCUCUACCCUCCCCGCUGAGAAGAAGCAUGCAUAAAGUUUCUUUUCCUUGUACUACACGUGAUGAGUGCCACUCAACGGUGAAUGAGGGUCGCGCAGCCCAUCAAAAGCUUCUCAAAGAAGUGGAAGAAGUACUUGGUGUGGGAACUGUUUCUGUGGCAAUAGAUUAA